AUGGAAACAGAGGACAAAGAUGACACAAAUGCACAAUGGGAUGAUGGUGGUGGCACUGGAGCUAUAGUUGGUGGAACUGGACUAGGUGGUGGCACUGGACUCGGUGGUGGCACUGAAGCUAUAAGUGGUGCAGCUGCAACUGGAACUGUAGGUGGUGGAGCUAUGGAGGAAGAUGAAAGGGAGAUAGGGACUGAAUCUCCAAAAGAAGGAAGUCAGGAGAAUAACAUCGAUAUNAGUGGAACUGGACUAGGUGGUGGCACUAGACUCGGUGGUGACACUGGAGCUAUAGGUGGUGGAGCUAUAACUGGAACUAUAGGCGGUGGAGCUAUGGAGGAAGAUGAAUGGGAGAUAGGGACUGAAUCUCCAAAAGAAGGAAUAGGUAGUACCUCAGAAAUAUCUAAGUGA